AUGUAACAGCCAUUGGAAGAGAGGGUAGGGGGUUGUGUGGUGUGAACUAAACCCGUGAACCGUGUGUUGCCGUGAGGGAAUGCGUUCAUUCUGCGCGAGGGGACCGGGUCUCCGCCUCCUCCCGCCUCGCUUUCAACACCCGUGCGCGUCGCACUGGCACCUACCUUCUCGUUCGGCUCGCGUCAACGGCGGUUUGGAGGCAGCAAUCUCUCCAUAACAGCCUGCCUCUCUGUUUUUUUCUCUCAUCGAAGCAAAUCUUCUCGUCGUGGCGCACAGCUUCUUCUCGACCCAGUCUCAGCUGCUGCUUUUCCUAGCUGUUUAAAGCGACGACGAUUCUUCCUCGUCCAGCUUCCUUCGGCCUCACGUCUCGCGAGGUGGAUCUUCCGUCCGUGCCUGGGUUUCUUGGAACAGACGACAGAGCAGUUCGUAAUCUUGGCAUGUGCCCCCCUCUUGAGAUCAGUGGAUGAACUGCUGAAGAAGAAUUUGGGAGAAUUAAAGGAUUUGGCGUCUAGGUAAGAACCGCGCCGCGGCCGGCGCCGUCGUCAUGCAGGCCGAGGAGGUGAAGUCUCGGUUCGGGCGGUGCCCGUACUGCCGCGCCAUGAUCUACCAGGACCUCACCGCCAUCAUCUUCUACUGCAGCAAGUGCCGCACGCCAAUCCGAGGCAAGAACCCGCGGCCGACCGAUGAGACCGAGUACGCGCUCGCGCAGCUCGAGAUCCUCUCCGCCGACACCGCGUCGGUCUUCUCCGACGACGUCGAGCCGUCGAAUCCGAGGUCGGCCUGGGCCGUCGACGACGACGACGACGGGCGGCCGUCGCUGGCGAGCAGGUCAACUACCGGUAGAAGCUCCGUGCCGACAAGGCAGGACACGGGAGCCGCGUCGUCGUCCUCUGCCUACAGAGGGUUUGGGUCGGUCAGAGAUGGUGCGAGAAGCGGCCCUCUCAGCUCCAGCAUGAACCGGGACGACCGAACGGAGGCUGCGCGACGCGGAUCGCCGCUGCACGGCCGCGUAACCGAGCUCCGGCCGUCGUCGCGGAGAACCAGGCGGUCGAGCAGCGGCGAUGUGGACGUGCGCAGCGACGGAGGAUCCGGCACCGACUCGGAGUCCGACGUGCCGGCGAUGCCUUACCGGCGACGGGCAUCGCCGCUAAGCUCCCAAGAACUCGAGGUGGCGUCGGUCCUGUCUGGACUCGAGCCGACGGUCAAUCUUGAAAAAUCACCGCUGAGCGACCCGGCGUUCCAGAAGGACCUCCUCCAUGCGCUCGACAACCUCCGGAAGCUCAUCGCCGCCGUCGACCACCCGCGCAGCAUCGAGGGGCAUUGGCAAGGCAUGAUGCCUCGGCUGAGCGCGUCCUGCCACGACGGCGGCGGCGGCAAGCGCACGAUAACGAGGCGCAGCUCCCGUCUCAUGCGCCGCCUGGAGUCGCAGCUCACGCGGGCGCUGCCCGGCGAGCGCCCGCGCCGGGACGCCAGCGCCUCCUCCUCGUCGUCGGCGUCGUCGGUUUCGAGCAGUCGGCGCGGCGGGCCCAGGGCUCGGGCGCACCACUGCCGACCGCUGCUGGGCGGCACGCCGUUCGUGGUCUGCGACGAGUGCAAGGAGAUACUGCAGCUGCCGGCCGCCCUGCCCGUCGGCAGAGCCUCCAGGCUGAAGUGCGGUGGCUGCGGCGAAGCGUUCGAGCUGACGCUGCCGGCGAGCGGCUCGACGGACCACCCGAAGAAGAUCUUCUCCGCGCCGCAGCCUGCCGUCGGCGGCGGGGAGGACACCGAGUACGCGCGCGCGUGGAGCAACCUGAGUGGCGAGCAGCCAGGGCAGGUGGGGCCGCUUCACCGCGUGCUCGGGUACAGCUCCGUCAGCUCGGUUCUACGGAGCCAGCGGUACGGCGAGCACAGCUGAAUCUUUCUGCUCCAUGAACAUUUUUGGGGUCCCUUCUUACGGCGCGGGGAAGAUUUCAGCGGCUUUGUGAUCUGUGAGAAUUCAUGAAGAAUUCUUCAUCCAAUUACUGUUUUAUUUCAUUAAAUUGGGUGUAAAUUACAACGAGUCUGAUUAAUUUGGGGGGGGGGGGGGGUUUCGUGAAGAGAUGCAAAGUUUUUUUUUCAUUCUUUGUAUAUUCUUUUAGUGAAUUAGAAAGAAAUUCGUAAUGGAAUUGUAUUGGUCCAUAAUGUAAAGAGGGGAUUCUUCUUAUGUUAGUCUAUGCUACCUACUCGAUCAGAUUUGUUAUUUCUGUCUUCUGAAUCCAACGGGAACUCAAACAGGAUCUAUGCAAAGAA